GGAUGCUGAUGGAUGAAAGUGAGUUCAGUUCUGCUGGGAGUCUCGUUCCUCAACAUGGGACUUGAAGGUGUAGAUGGCAUGGCGCAGCGGGCUGGCUUAGGGCACCGCUACAUCCGCGCUUUCAUCAGUGGCUUCUUUGUGGCGGUACCCGUGACAGUGACAGCGCUGGACCGCCUGGCCUAUGUUGCACGGGUCGAGGGAGCAUCCAUGCAGCCUUCCUUGAACCCUCAAGGCCAGAGCUCAUCUGACGUGGUGCUUCUGAACCGCUGGAGUGUGCGGAACUACCAGGUUCAGCGUGGGGACAUUGUUUCUGUCCUGUCUCCGAAGAACCCCCAACAGAAGAUCAUCAAGAGGGUGAUAGGCUUGGAAGGUGAUGUCAUCAAGACUCGAGGAUAUAAAAACCGAUACGUGAAGGUGCCCGAUGGUCACUUUUGGAUUGAAGGCGACCACCACGGCCACAGCAUGGACAGCAACACUUUUGGACCUGUCUCCCUGGGACUCAUCCAUGGCCGAGCUUCACACAUCAUCUGGCCCCCUAGCCGCUGGCAGCGGAUCGAACCCUCGGUCCCGGCCGAGCGCAUGCCGCUACUGAACGUGAACGAGGGGUCAGAUGAUCAGGACUAAUGAACAGGGCAUAUCUAGAAGGCUCCAGGUGACACCGUGCGGUGAACAUGGAUGUGUUAGCUCGCAGUAACUGAAUGAUCACAUGAAAGCGUGUGGAAAACGAAUGGUGUCAGUCAGUGUUUUAACAUUGUAAUAACAAUAAAAGGUCACUCAUUCGUUCUUCUCAACUGCCCUGUACACAAUUACUUUGUAUUCAGUAAAAGUAAUAGAUCCUUACUCAUAAAAA